AUGGAGCGAAUCUCCAAACAUCUAUCUUGUACUGAUGCUCAAAAGGUGUUAUGUGCAGAAUUCAUGUCGGUUGGCAUUGCAGGCCACUGGCGGGAGUCAGCAUCUCGCACUAUAAUAGAAGCAGAACAACGUGCUCUGACAUGGACACAAUAUAAGGACGAAUUGAUGGGAAAAUACUUCCCCCAAGCUCUGAGAGAUCAAAACGAGACAAAAUUCCUUCAACUUAAACAGGGUAAAAUGAUACUUGAGGAUUAUCAAAGAAAAUUUGAACAACUCUCAAGGUAUGCACCAUACCUAGUAGCUACUGAAGCAAAGAAAGCAAGAAGGUUUGAACUGGGAUUGCGUCCAAAGAUUGGUGGAAUACUGGCAUCCUCCCAAUUCACCACCUAUAGCCGAGUAUUGCAGACUGCCCAAGCAAUCUCAAAUAGAUAUGGUAAAACGUGGCAUAUUUCCAAAAACUACAAAGAGGAACUUUCGAAAAAGAAUGACCAACCAGAAAAGCAAGGAAAGGCCAGAGUUUUUACUUUAACCCAAGGACAGGCUACGAAAGACUCGAACGCAGUUCGGGUCGAUUCGAUUUAUGAUAGGGCGGUGAUGCGGGCUACCAAGAGGAUUAUACGAUUACCAUGUUUACUUUAA